GCUGUUAAUGUUGACAUAAAAGUCCUGUCAAAAACUUUAUGCGAAAAUAUGCCAAAAUGGAAUCCCGAUGGUAUGAUCUGUGGCGGGGAUCCGAAAUUCUUCGAAGUGGACAGUUGCUACGGUGAUUCUGGUGGACCACUAUAUUGUGGCUUAAAGUUGUAUGGCACUGUCUCUUAUGGACGUGGUUGUGGCACUCCUGGCUAUUAUGGAGUAUACACCGAUGUAUAUUUCUUCCGGGAUUGGCUGGAGCCUGCCACACGAGGUGUAUGGCCUGAAAUUGAUGGCGGAAGUUCACCCAUAUUUUUCCGCAGCUUCAAAGGAGAGGUAUCUCAGUAUUUGGCGUCUUUAUUUUUGUACUAUUUUCUAAAAUUACCCUUAACGGCUUGGGAAUAGAAUUCGUAAA